AUGCUCCUCAAUUUUGGCUUGACCGCGGAUGCAGCAGCAGCUCUCGAUAGUAAAAUUCUUGGUCCCGAGUCUGAACCCCAGAUUCCGUCGCGCCAGUCCUCGCCGGUCUCUUUCGCAGCACUGCAAUCCUGGCGCCUGGGAAGCUUAUACGGCCGGCACAAAGCGACGGAAACAGAAACGCCGCCGCUGCAAGAACCCCCACCACGUGCAAUGUUGCGACAACCCGCAGUAGACCAGAUAUUGUUGUCGAGCGAUGACGAACAUUCGACCGCCGUCGGGCCGACUCUAGCGUCGUCGAGGAUCGCGCGUUCAUAUUCCGUUAGGAAACAAUCGUCGCGAUCUAAAACGUCAUACCAAUUAGCGCAUCCCGCAUCCCAUGCACGUCACAGGCGAUUGAAACUCCGACCGAAGCUCCUCUUACAACUCCAGCAGGUGUCACAAACCCCGCGUCCCUUACCCGUUCUGGAUGUUCUCCCCUCAACUGUGUUUCUGCCUAGAUUAGCGCGCAAGUUCCCCACCAUUUUUCGCGGCAAGAAAGGACUAGGCCCCAACGACCUCAUCGUGGUCACCAGCGAUCUCUAUGAUCGCAAUCCAGGCGAUCUGGCAGACAAACAUUUAAGUUCCGACGAAGAGAAUGGGGAGCAUCGUGAAGUCGUCGCCACGAUAUGCCAGCUUCUGAGGGAUGACGCACUAUCAAAAGGCAAAGCGGAAAUUUGCCUCAGCUAUGGACCAGUAUGGGAGGCAAUCCCUCUAGCCAAUGGCUCAUACGAGUUUGUGGCCCAGACAGAUGAAGGCAUCCAGGUCCUGCGCUGGGUGCUACGGGGCGGGAAGAACCGUCGCGUCUCGGCGCCUCCCGAUCUUGCCAUCCAGGAAGACAGCAAGCGCUUCACCUUCAGCGUUAUCAACCCCAACACUCGUCGCCAUCCGGUCCUCGCCACAAUGACUCGAAAUCGUCUGGAAGUAUUCAACGAGUACUCAAUGCCGACGACCUCGGGGAUCGCUUCGCCUACGUCUGCCAUGUCCAUUAUCAGCGACCUGUCAGAAAUGGAUGAGCCAUUGGGCCGCAGGACGGUGGUUGACGACGACCUCCGCAUGUUAAUCAUCGUCACCAGCUUCUGGGUGGCGUUCCGAGAGGGCUGGUCGCAUGAUUUCAGCUACAACGAUGCAGCUUCCACCCUUAGGCCCAAGGUCCGGUGUCCGUCGCGGCAGAGCUCUCCGACUGCUGCUAGGACCGAAACUGAUCGCCCGUUGGAGGAAGAGAUCGGUAGUCUAGCAGGGGGAUCUACAACCAAUCGCAGACAUCGCAUGUCGGCAUCCAGCUGCAUCUCAACACCUCCCAACACAGUCUCCGACCGAUCAACGCCGGGGCAUCUGUCCAAGCGCUCCAACUCCACCGGAGCAGCUUUCAUCGAGCGGAGCAACCGACGUGCCUCUGGCACGAUGGGCCGCCUCAACCGACACAGCACACUUUCGAGCACCCGUGAGCCCGGCCGUGACGCGGAUGCCAAUGCCGCCGCAACACCAACUCGACAAGAUUCG